AAAGCAACGAAUUUGCAAAGAAAGGACUUAUUUAAUUUUGAAAUAGUAACUAUAGAAAAACUAAUAUUGUGCAUUUGUAAAAACUGAAUUGUAAUCCAAAUAUAUGUCUUAAAAAUUUAAUCUAUAUGAGUUACUAAAGAAAUAAAAAAGUAAAGUGGUUUGGUGUGAGAAGUUUAUCGACGGCGGCUUGCCUAGCGGAGCCCCAUUCUUGGUUAAAUUCACCGCAUUUGUUACACGUUGAAAACCCUUUAAAUAAUAUGAUGAAUUCCACUGUAGCAAAGACGGCGAUCGGAACAACUACAACAACUGCUGCUCAGUUGCUUAGCUCUGCACCAAGCGCUGCAGAGAAAAAUAAACAAUGGCAACGCGAACUACUUAUGGAACGCAUACGUACGCGCUCCAAUCAACACAAAUCAUUUCCUGAACUUGCGAAGGCUAUGCGUAUGUCCAUGUUGGAGAAACGUUAUGCGCUCGAUGCAGUUGAGAAAGCUAAUUUGCAAAAAUGCCUUGACAGCAUGCAACAUUGCAUUAAAGUAACAUCACGCCAAGGGCUGGUGGAAAGACUUGAGAGUCUAUCGCGUCAGUUGGGCCUCAAGUUCAUGGAAGAUACAUCGGGUUUGUUUAUUUCAACCGAUAUGUUCUUUUUGGAAAUAAUUUUGGAUGCAAACGGCGCACUUACCGAUGUCAAAGUGCAUCAUGAAUGCAAAAUUGAACAGCAGUCAUGCAGUGAAUUGGUAAAUUGUUUGAAUCGGGGCGACUUUGCCGAUUUCACUGUACAGUUGGAGGGUUUAUCCUCCAUCUAUCAAUUAAAUGCAGAACCCAAAGUCAAAACCAAGGCUUUUGUUGCUUUACAAGCAAUGGAAACCGAUUUAUACAAUCUCUUUCAAAUGCAAAAUUUCACAAAAGACUCGCAGCAAUUGGUCAAAGCAUCUUCAGUAGGUUUAGUGCUUAAACGACGUGGUGGUCAUCCAAUGAAGCUCAUCUAUUUCGUAUCACCUUAUGAUCUUCUAUCACUGGAUACCAAAUCGAUGCAACCGCUCACUACCGAUUUGAUUACAAGCAAAGAUGUUGGUUUCAGUGUGACAGUGAACUUGGAGGCUUCAUCAGCGAAUAAAUUGCAAAUAUUACCGAUUGUUAGCGUAACUAAUGAUCCACAGACCGGCAUUGAUAUACCAAUGUAUGCUCCGUUGAAUCAGCAAAACUCCAUGCUCUUGCCCGCCACAUUUGUGCUACGUCUAAACAAACCGCUACCUGUGUGUCAUGCCACCUUGAGAGCUUUGGGCUUACCACUCGGCGUUGCAUCUGACAGCGCAACCGGCUUGGAGUCUCCAGACAAAAAAGACGUUGUCAUAUCGUCGAUUAUGAAUUUGGUGGUGCAAACCGCUUCCGAGCAACAGUUGAAGAAUUCACAGAAAGGUCUCUUUGUGAAUUUGCCGGAUCAGACGCAUUGCUACUUCUUCACGGAGAAUAAACAGUUGCAGGCUACCCUUGUUUCCUCCAUACCUUUUACGGAACCUAUGCAAGUACCGAAAAUUUUAGAUUUUCUAAAACGUCAGGCGCUUUUCUACACACUUUUGGCUAGUUGUGUGCGUACACAGUCCAAAAUGGGUAAUGAUAUGGAAUCCACCACCAUACUCGAAGUCAAUGCCAUUUCCUUUCAACAAAUCAGUGUUUCACUGCAACAUACCUUCGAGGAAACAAUGGCAACUCUUGAGUUCGAUUUACGUGACGGCAAUGUAAAGUGUGCACUCUACUCGCUAACACACAACUACGAUCUGCUGUCGUUGAAGCUUACAAAAGUUGUGGAGAAGUGUUUAUCCAUACCGGUGACCAUACGUGCGUUACUCAAGUUUUGGGAUCAAGAAACGAUGAGUAUGUUUCAGCGUAGUAUCGGUGGUGGUGUUGGCGGCGGCAUGGGUGGUUUAGGUGGCACGGGCCCUUGCGGCAGCACUGGCAAUGCUGGUUAUGGAAAUUUUAGCAUGGUCAUGGGACCUAAUGAUUCGGGUGGUGGUGUUGGCGGUAGUGCCGGCAUGCGUGGCAGUGGCGUUAAAAUGGAACCAAAUACACGGCAACAACAACAAAUGUCCAAUAUGGCUUCUGCAACGACGACAAUGGGUGGUGGUGUUGGUGGCGUUGGUAUGAAUGCAGCUUGCAAUAGUGCUGCCGGUAUUGCAGGGUUUCUGCAAUAUAAAAACGAAGUGAAGCAGGAGGAUUUUCAUGAUAGCCCAAAGAGUCAAAUGCAAAAUAAUUUAGCUUUCCAUGCUGCUGCUGAAAGCAGCUCUUUGGGCAGCGCACAUCAGCUACAGCAAACGCAGCAGCAACAGCAACAGCAACAACUACAACAAACCGCAUCACCACAUGAUCAAAAUACCGUUGGCAAUCAAACGGAAAUCGAAAUAGCUGAUAAGUACAAGAACAUUUGGAUGGAUAAAACAAAUUUGAAGAAUUGCGUCAGCAUAACACCAAUUUCACCGGAUAGUAAUAGUAGAGGCGCCACACAACAACAAGGCGUAGAUGUGAAACGCUCCGUCGGCAUAGAAAUUAUACCAUUGACCGCAGCAAAUGGCGCCAAUGCAAGCGGCGCUUCAAUCACAUUGCCCGGCGGCACGAAUGUUCCGCAAACCGGCGUCAACACCUCAUCCACCAUCACUAUAACGCCCAUUAACGCUGUGACCAAUACGAGUAUUAACACCAAUAAAGAUAAAAAACCGAGCGGCGGCACAGCUGUGGGCAGUGCCGGUUUAAAUACCGGCCCGAAUAUGUCUACGGUGAGCGGCAAGCGUCCAUUGGACGUAGCCUCAACCAAUGAUACGCAAAAGGAGAAGAAACGUAAAAAGAAGCGCGAUGAUUCACCCAUGGGUCCACCGGAAAAAGUGUAUUCGCGUCAAAAUUCACCUGCUGCCACGAACGAGACCGCCGCCACAGUGGCGGCGCGCAAAUUCUCAUCACCUUCCUCCUCACCAAAAGGUGGCAGCGGUAGCAGCAUGCUAAGCGGCGCUAACACUGGCGUGGCCGGCAAUGCUGCGCUGCUUUCGACACGUCCCAGCCCGAAACAUUCGCCCGUCUAUAGCAGUCCGAAGCAUUCGAAUACCGCCUCCAACAGUCCGAAGUCACCGUUCGGCACGCAUUCGCCAAAGCAUGGGUCUUCGGGUAAGCCGAGUAUGUCGACACUGAAGAGUGCCACAGCGACCAGUCUAAGUCCGAAAGGCGAUAAAGGCGGUUGUGGUGCCGCAAGCAGUUUAGUUGGCAAUGCGGCGGCCGGUGUUGCGGCUGCUAAUGCAGUGAAAGCAGCUAUGGGUGUAGGUGUGGUUGGUGGCAUGCAACAAAUAAAGUCUAUCAAUCAUUUAGCGGCACCAACAGCAUUGAAUACCUCCGCUGGUGGCUAUAGUGGCGUGAACAAUAUGAGUGGCGGUGGCGCUGGUGGUGUUAGUGGCGGUGUUGGCCAGCUAUUGAGUGGAAACGGUGCGCCGGCUGGCAUGGAUAUGAAUGCGGCGGCUGUUGCAGCAUCACAAGUGGCAGCUAUGCGCAAAGUGGUGAGUGGCGCGGUUAGUUCGACGGCGUCAACGAUGUCAGUCGCGUCAACAACAGCAACAGCAACGCCAGCGCUGCCGGGAGCGCCAGUGUCGGCGCCGCUCCAACACUCACCGCCGGACAUUGGCAGCAGUGAGUCGAAGAGCGGUGGACGUGCCGAGCCAACACAGCAAUUCAACUCAACCGAAUAUAUGGUGAAACCGAGCCAGGAGGGCUUGAAGCUGACCAUCAACAAGACGUGCGGAGCUGGCAAAUCCAGUAUUAGUAACAACAACGCCAACAGUAACAGCAGUGCUAACACGGCUACUGCAACCAACACCAUCACAACAGCUGGGAAGGGUUUAAAAACGGGUAGCGGUUCAACUAAAAAACAACAUACGGGGCUCAAGCCAGGUGUUAGCAGUGGACCGGCCUCUAAGAAGUUAGCGUCAGCCAAGUCACCGUCCAAGAAGGGUUCCAUAUCUAAACAUCCCUUUCAAAAGUCAAACUCAUCGGGAAGCUUGUCAACAAAAUCAACCAAUCCCACUGGUGGCCUGACCAAAAGCUACAGCACAAAUUCAUUUGGCGACCUGGCCGCUAGUGGCGCUACAGCACGUAAGUCCACCAAGAAAUCCGCUUCGUCGUCGUCAACGUCGACCGCAAACGCGAACGCUAAUGCAACCGCAACUUCUGCACCUGCCACACGCUUGGACCACCAAGCGGACAUGCUGAAAAUACUACAAUAUGCUUCACCGGCAAUGGCGGCCAACAUGGAGGGUUUCAUGAAGGGCUUCAAUAGUAAAUUUCAAAUACCGAAAUUAUCGCAACGCGCCGCCAACCUCACAAAUGGCUCACAAUCGGCACCGACAACGCCGACUGCACUCUCGCCAGCUUUGAGUAGUGUUAACAGCACGACGGGUGCAAAGGUUGAUAACCCUGCCAACGAAGCCCUACAAUCGCUGCACAAUACGCAACAACAACAACAACAACAGCAACAAAAUGUUACAACAAUGCAUUUGAGCGCUAAUUAUCAUUUGGCACAAAAAACCGAAGGCUUACAAAUGCAUUACGCUAAUCAUCACCGUCAGCAGCAGCAGCAGCAACAACAACAACACUCGCAAAUGCAUAAUCAGCUUACGCAGCACCAGACAGCCUUAACAGUUGACUACCAUCAUCAAGCGUCGGCUGUCGCUCAAUCCAUGGACGAGUCGUCGUUUAUGCCGAACGCUGCUGCCGCGUCGUCGGCUGGAUACGGUGGUAAAUGACAUUACUUAGUUUCAUUUAAAUUUUUUAUUUGUAAGCGCCAAGUAUUUGUGUAUUGUUUUAAAUUGUAAUAAUUAUUUUACCGAUCCACCUCGUUGCUGUAGUCCAAUGGGGUUAGGUUAAAGUCUUGGCGAUCACUUAAAGAUUAUUAGCAUAUUUGUUACUGGAAAUUCGGCCUGGUUUUGCAUGACAUGAUGCUAGGUAUGUCUGAAAAUUGGAUUCUAUGUUAAAACUAUUCAAGUCAUAUGUUGUUCAAUUAUUCGAGAUACCGUCUGUUCUAGAAACGUUUGCGAUUAGCUCUUACUCUUAGCAUUCAAAGCGUUUAUUCGGACGAAACGACUUAGUUUUUCGACUUUCUAACCCUGAAUAGCAAAGUUUGACUUUAUUGCUGUUAUUGUGCCAGAAAUUAGCAUAUCAUUUACAAUCAGCCUCUAACACCAACAAUCUUGUUCCAAAAAUUUAACACUAUUAAGUUCAAAUCGCUUUGGCUCGAAGAUGGCUCAUAGGUAGAGGGCAUAUGACAAAUUGUUUCAUGUUUUGACGCUCGUUUCAAUCUUGCAGCUCGAUUUUGUUGGUCUGGGACUUACUCUAAAAUUUAUCCAUAUUGUAUGGAAAGACAGUGAGAUCAUUAGUCGAUUUUGAUCUGUAAUUGUUAGAGAUUUGAGGAAUGCGUUGAAAAGAUCCUAGCCGAAUAUGAAUUCGGGUCCGCUCCGGUUAUGAAGAUGCGACUAUUCUUUGAGAACAGUUAAUAUAUUCUGAAUCUCCCCAUUCAUUUGAUUAAUCUACGGCUCACCUCUAUCAGUCCAGUUAUAGUUGGUCUCCUCGGUACUGGAUCCGUUUCUGCAUUGACAUGAACGUGAAGUUUCGACGCUAGAAAAAAAGAAAAAAAGCACUAUCAUUGUGGCGCAUUGAUUUGUUAAAGAUCGAACAAUAGCUUUGUAAGUUAUAAGCAGGAUCUGAAAGCUUUUUAGCUCUUGUUGUUGUUAUAGCGGCAAACAAAUAUUUCUGAGUUCUCAGUCCUUAGUGGUAUAAAAAUCCGGUUCCGUUCCACUUACGUAGACCCGACUGUCGGGGGAGUGGUUAAUUUCUUAGGUAAUGACAUUGAGAAAUUGGGUUUAGAGGCCAAUAUCCUCUAAGAGCCAAAUUAAGUACCCAUGUCUUUACAAAACCGAUCACUUCUUCUUGAAAACUUUCAUAAAUAUUUUUCGGAAACGAGUUUCUAGUAACAAAAUGUAUGUUGGUACUUAAAUUUGAAAAUUGGUAAAAUCAACGAAUCUAUUUAAGUGAGGCAACACUCAGUUAUGUGCAUAAUAUAUUAAGAUACAUCAUUUAUCCAACAUUAACUAUAAAUAAUAAAAAUUGCACUGAGAAAAAUUUAUAUAUAUUUCAGUGCGAAUUUUGAAUGCCUAA